AUGCAAAAUUUUCUAUUCUUUAUUUCUUACUUGUUCUUUUCCACAAAACUUGCUUGUGGUCAUUGUCCGAAGAAUGGCAUCAAGGAACCAGUUGAUGGGUCUUGUUACUUUGGAAUCAAUUUCAAUGAGACAUUCAGUGGCGCUGAUAACUUUUGCUCAACAUACUUUUAUGGAAAUUUGGCUUCGAUUACAUCGGCUGUUGAUGACUCAAAUGUGCUGGACCUUGCGAGAGGUUUCUUCAAGGAUGCGAAAAAUGUGUGGCUUGGUGGAACAUAUGAUGGCUCAAAAAUCCAAUGGCUUGACGGAUCUCCUGAUAUCUACAGAAAUUUUGUAGCUGGUACACAACCAGGCAAAAUUGUGCUAGAUUUGGUGAACGGUAACUGGUCAACAGCUACGUGGAAUGCGAUUUUACCAUUUAUUUGUUUGGAGAAAGAUGAGAAAGAUGAUGUGAAGACAACCACAACACCGGCAGCUCAACUGACAACAGUGCCGAAAGCCGUCACAACCCCAGCACCUCCCACUUGUCCAAAAGAAUCGCCUUGUCCACCUGAAUGGGUUUAUUCUUCGACUUUACAAUCAUGCUAUAAAGCCAUCUACGGAACCAAUUAUCAACAAGCCGCUGAUCAGUGCACUUCAAUGGAUUCAACAUUGGCCUCAAUUCGUUCGGAUGAAGAGAAUCGAGUUGUCAAUGAGGUGCUUCAACUCGGAAUACCGUUGACGACAGGGGUACAGGGUGGACUGCUUGGAGCGAAAAGGACUGGUCCGGGUGCAAGCGAAUGGAUGUGGAUCGAUGGAUCACCGUGGAACUACACAAAAUGGGCCCGGGGAGAGCCAAACAAUGUGAACGGAGGAGAGUUCUGUAUUGAGACCUACACUGACAACCCAUCUAUGUUGAAAGAUUCAACAUCGGAUACCCAAAAAUGGAACGAUGCCUCCUGUGGACUGACUUGGCGAGCCGCUAUUUGUAAAAGAAAAUCAUCUUUU